AUGAAAAGGUCAAAUAGCAGUACAGGUAGUUCAAAGGCUGUCAGGUCCCAUAAAAGGAUAAGAUCUGUUCACUUACAUUCAACAUUAAACAAGAAUUACAAUAUAAUCAAUUCUCAAGAUGACUAUAAACAUAUGUAUAUUUCAGCCAAACCAUUAGACAUUUUUGUUUGGGGUACUGGUUCCAUGUGUGAAUUGGGUUUGGGUCCAAGUCAUAAAAACAAGGAGGUUAAAAGACCAAGGUUAAAUCCAUUCUUACAAAAAAAUAUCAAUGCAAAUGACGAUAAAGCAGGGGGGAAAGUACCAUUUAUAGUAUCCUUUUGUUGUGGUGGUAUGCAUACCAUUGCACUAACCGAUGAUAACAAAGUGUUGACCUGGGGAACCAACGAUGCUGGUGCUUUGGGCAGGGAUACUAGUGAUGCCAAAGAACAAUUGAAAGAUAUGGAUGAAGAUAACAGUGACGAUGACGAUGAUGGAGAUUUGAAUGAUUUAGAAAGUACACCAAUGGAGGUUGAAGGUUUACCAUCCGAUACCAAAAUUGUCCAAGUCAUUGCCACUGACAAUUUUUCAUGUGUUUUAUAUGAAACUGGCGAUAUUUUCUGUUGGGGUACGUUCAGAUGUAACGAAGGUAUUUUAGGAUUAUAUAAAGAUGAAAUUAAAAUCCAAACCAAACCGUGGAAAUUACCAUUAGCUUUCACCAGAGGUAAAAAAAUUGUUCAACUGGCUCCAGGUAAGGAUCAUGUGUUAUUUUUGGAUGAGUGUGGUAUUGUUUACGCUUGGGGUAAUGGACAACAAUACCAAUUGGGGAGAAAGGUUUUGGAAAGAUUUAGAUUGAAAACUUUGGAUCCUAGACCAUUUGGUUUAGAUAAUGUGAAAUAUAUAUCCAGUGGUGAAAACCACUCUUUUGCCUUAGAUAAAAAUGGAGAUCUUUAUGCAUGGGGCUUGAAUCAGUUUGGUCAAUGUGGAGUUAGUAAGGAGGUUGAAGAUGGCGCCUUGAUUACUGUUCCCACUAAAGUUUUGCUACCAGAAGACGCUGGUAAAGUUAGUAUGGUUGCCGCUGGAGAGCACCACUCUUUGGUAUUAAUGGAAAAUGGUGAUUUAUAUGUUUUUGGUAGAAUCGAUAUGUUUGAAGUUGGAUUGGAUAUUAAAUCUGAUAAAGUUCCAAAGGAAAACUUGUAUGAAGAUGUGCAUGGCAAGAUAAGAGCUGUUCCAGUUCCCACUAAAAUGCCAAAUGUUAAGCCUUUUAAAUAUGUUGCAAGUGGUUCUCAUCAUUCUCUGGCUAUAACCACAGAUGGUGUUGUAUUCAGUUGGGGUUUUGGGGAGACAUAUGCUGUUGGAUUGGGACCAAGUGGCGAUGAUAUCGAAAUUCCAACUAGAAUCAAAAAUACUGCAACAAAAGAUCAUGAUAUUAUUUUUGUCAGUGGUGGUGGACAAUUUUCAUGCUCUGGUGGUAUAAAGUUGAGCGAUGAAAAAGCUGAAGAAAGAGAGAAAGCAUAUGAAGAUGAAGAUUGA